AUGUGGUCAGUGCAUGCAACAGUUCAGCCGAUGCAACACCAUCAGCCCCACCAAAAUUUCAACCCAUUACUUUCAACGCGUAAUAUCUCAACCACCAUGACAGCUCUCACCAAAGCGAUUGCAGCGAUCGAUUCGCAAGAUGCGGAAGGUCAACUUUCAUACCGCGCAGCUGCAAAAAAGUUUGGUGUUGAGCUUACAACAUUGACGCGCCGGCACCAAAACAAAACACAGUCACCAGCUGCAGCUGCGCAAAACGUCAAUUACUCACUCCACCACAAGAAUCUGAGCUAG